CGUUAGUGACCCUGUCACAACUAAUUUUAAUUCCAGUCAACUACAACACGAUGGCUGACCAAAAGGAAGCAUCCGAAGCAGCAAAGAACCGCGAAAUCAAGAUCUCGUCUUCGGAUGAUGAAAUCUUCUUGGUCCCACGCAAUGUGAUCCGUCUCUCAAACACUCUCAACACUCUUCUUGUGGACCUCGGGCUCGACGACGAUGAAGGAACCAACGCUGAGCCAAUUCCAGUGCAAAACGUCACUGCCUCGAUUUUGAAGAAGGUUAUCAACUGGUGCACCAAACACCAGUCCGACCCAAUUCCAACUGAAGACAGUGAGAAGAAAACGGAUGGUUCCAUCCAAGACUGGGACAAAAAAUUUCUCGAUAUUGACCAAGGAACCCUUUUCGAGCUCAUUUUGGCUGCCAACUAUUUGGACAUCAAAGGACUUCUUGAUGUCGCCUGCCAGUCUGUCGCCAACAUGAUCAAGGGAAAAUCUCCAGAUGAAAUUCGUCGUGCUUUCAACAUCAAGGACGACUUCACUGCAGAGGAGAGAGAGCAAAUCCGUAAGGAAAACGCCUGGUGCGAUGAUUAAAUCUCCAUCUUUUCCCCUGUUAAACUUUCAAUUACCUUGUUUUCUAAAUGUUUCACAUCAUCCACCAUAUCUUUCCCCUUAUUAAACGCACUUUUUAAUUGUUAACAAAUUUCUUCACUGCCAGCUGACACAACUGUGUACAGUUCUGUUUUUCAUUCAAUAAAGUUGAUGUGAACAUGAAAA